CAAAUUUUAAAUUUUCAGUAAACAUUUUGACAAUUAAUAUUUAAUUAUACAAUUUUUUUUAAACAAUCACAACUUACGAACACAGAAUAACAUGUCAAAAUAUUUUUUAUUUAGUCAUGCAGAAUAAAACGUUUUACUUUCUUUGACUACUACUUUUCGACAGUUAUAAUUACGUACAAUAUAUAUAUAUUUAUUUUUUAAUCCCACUGAAUAGUGGUAUUAAUGGAGAAAAAUGAACUAAUGUUUACUUGUUUAACAAUUGAAAAUACAAAAUAAUUUAUGAUGGAUGUUUGUCACGCACCACAAUACUUACCCGAUUUAGUAUUGGACAUAAUAUUUUCAAACUUGGAACUGCCAGACUUAUUAAGCUGCAUGUUGGUCUGUCAAAAUUGGUAUCGUGUAAUUAAUGAUGGCAGAGCAGAGCCAUGGAAAUUAAUGUGUCGCCGUAAGAUACCUAAAGAGCUACUGAAGUCUGAACUUUUAUCGCAACUUCACAACUAUAAAGCCAAGUUACGAGCCUUAUAUCAUUCAUGGAACCCGGACGAUUGUUCCAUGCACAUUGUUGUCAAACAAAAUGGUUUUACAUUGCAUCGUAAUCCAGUCGCCCAGAGUACAGAUAUGGCACGAACUAAAAUUGGUUAUAGCAAUGGUAAACACGUAUGGGAAAUUACAUGGACUGGACCACUAGGUACAGUUGCAAUGGUUGGUGUGUCAACAAAAGAGGCGCCAGUGCAUUGUAGUGGUUACUUACCUCUGCUGGGUAUUGACAAGCAUAGCUGGGGUUGGAAUUUAAUCGAUAAUGUUUUGUUGCAUAAUGGAGUAUCACAUGGAUGCUAUCCAUUGUUAAACAAUGCUCCUAAGUAUCAAAUUGGUGAAAAAUUACAAUUAGUACUAGAUUCUGAUAAUGGUAUUUUGCACUUUGAAAAAUGUAAUGAAUUCUUAGGUAUAGCUUUUAAAAAUUUACCUAAAACUAAAUUAUAUCCUUCGGUGUCAGCUGUCUAUGGUAACACAGAAAUAUCAGUAGUAUAUAUUGGUAAACCUUUAUUUGGUUAAGUUAGCAUUAUAGUUUUUAUAAGAAUUUAAUCUCAUAGAAUAUAAAAUACUAUUUAACAUAAGGUUUAAAUUCCUUUCUUAAUGUUUUUUCAUUUUAAUUCAAUAAUAUCAGUAUUGUUUCUGUUAGUAAAUAAUAUUUGGUACAUACAAGUUACAUACAAACAUAAAUCUUGCAAGUAAUAACUUGUUUAGAAAAUAUUUAGUAAUAGAGCUGUUGAUAGUGAGUAUGGUGGUAGUUCCAUUAUUUAUAUUAAAUUAUAUUAAAAAGAAUAUCGCGUUUAUUUAAAAUUGAAAAUAGAAGACUAAAAUUCAUAACAGAAAAAUACCUUUUUAUACAUUUUUUGCUUAAAUAAUAAACUUAUACUUCAUAUACGAGAAAUGGUAAACCUUUUUUGAGUUAUGUGCUAAAAUUUUAAAAUCAGUUUAAAAACAAUUUCAUGUGCCUGUAAAGUUUUGUAUUGGUUAGAAUAUGUUAAAAAUACUAAAAUAUUUUUUAGUUGACCAGCGGGGUGUAUAUAAAAACAUAAAGUAUUUAUAAUCAUUUUUAUUACCUUCUUACUAUUAAACUUCACCACUACUACUCUAUAUUUUUAUUUCAUUGUUGCUAUUAAUAUUGGUUUUUUUUUUUAAUACCAGUAUGUGUUUGUUUAUCCGUCAAAAUGUUUCUUUAUUUUUAUUUACCUAAUAAAAAUAUAUAUUUUAAUUAUUUCAAUCAAAACUAUUAAUGAAUUUAUUAAACUUUAGAUCAAUAAACCAUCGUUGAUAAUUUGACUAUCAAAAUCUCCGGGGGAAAAAAAAAAAUAAGAGAAAAUAUACUGUACAAUCUAGAAAGGAGUUCCAAUUAUAAUUAGUUACUAUAUUGCUAAGAAAUAACUAAAGAAUUUUUUAGACCACAUUUUUUAAUCAAAUACAAGAUUUAACAAUGAAUUAAUAUCGGUUUGCCACUCCUGCUAUGAGUGCUAUAUACUAUAUUUUUGAGAGUUAAAAAUAUUAGAUAUUUUAUUGUUAGUAAUUUACAUUAGUAAAAACUAAAAAGUACCUAAUUUUGAUACAAAAAAUUUGAUAUUUGACAUAUUAAAAUUAAAUCAUAAAUACUUUGGAUAAAUUUGUUCAAAACCUAAUAAAAUAUCUCGAGAAUUAAUAAUUAAUUUGUUUUAUAUACUUGGUUGCUUUUAGCUUUUACAUAUAUUAAUCGACUCGAGACUUAAUCUUUUUAAUAAUAACAAUAUACAAUAUUUUAAAACAAUAAUGAUAAGUAAUAUUAGUUAGUUUAAUAACAUAAGGAUUAUUUAUACUAUAUAUACAUAUAGUCAUAUAGAUAAUACAUUUUCUUAUUUUAUAAUAAGCGACCUUUUUAUUCUAUUACAUAAUAUACCAUUAUACCAUUCCUAUUAUUUCUUAAAUAAGAUUAGCAAUUAAUUUACUGAUUUUUAAUUUAAAAUACUUAGUUUUACUUUAUUGUUACUUACACAUUUUUAUGGAUAA